ACACUCAGCCGCGUGACAAAGUCUACUCUCUCUCUCUCUCUCUCUCUCUCGUGGUGGCUACGGAGUGCCGAGAAGUAUUUCAACAUGGGAGCGGGUAGCAGAAGAAACUACAUCUAGGGUUUCGGAAAAGCCCUCUCUUGAUGCUUUUUGGGAGUCACUGAAAGUCAUGGCGGGUGGUCGUAGAGAGGGAUCGUCGAUGAAGAGUCAAUCGCUUCGUGGAUCUCGAAUUGCUUUUGCGAUCCUCAUCGGAGUUCUUCUCGGUUGCGUCUGUGCCUUCUUGUUCCCUCAUGGACUUCUCACUCCCAACCCUCAGAAUCUCAAUCGCCGCCUUGCAAAAUCAAAUCUACAGAUUGGUUCAUCCUCAUGUGAAUCGACAGAAAGGAUUAACAUGUUAAAGUCGGACAUCAUGGGGUUAUCAGAAAAGAAUGCAGAGUUGAGGAAGCAGGUUAGGGAGCUAACUGAGAAGUUACGGCUGGCUGAGCAAGGAAAAGAUAAUGCACAGAAGCAGUUUAUGGUGUUGGGUGAACAACAUAAAGCUGGGCCUUUUGGCACUGUCAAGGGUUUGAGAACUAACCCAACUGUCAUUCCUGAUGAAUCUGUGAACCCAAGAUUGGCAAAAAUCUUAGAGGAAGUUUCUGUUCGGAAAGAGCUUGUUGUUGCUCUUGCCAAUUCGAAUGUAAAAGACUCGUUGGAGGUCUGGUUCACUAGCAUCAAGAAAGUGGGCAUAACCAAUUAUCUGGUUGUGGCAUUGGAUGAUUGGAUUGCGGAUUUCUGCAAAUCAAAUAAUGUUCCAGUGUAUAGGAGAGACCCGGAUGAGGGUAUUGAUUCAGUUGCCAAAACAGGAGGUAACCAUGCCGUCUCGGGUUUAAAGUUUCGUAUCUUGAGGGAGUUUUUGCAGCUGGGUUACAGUGUUCUUCUCUCAGAUGUUGAUAUAGUAUAUGUGCAGAAUCCAUUUGAACAUUUAUAUCGUGAUUCUGAUGUGGAAUCCAUGACGGAUGGUCACAAUAAUUAUACGGCUUAUGGAUUUAAUGAUGUCUUUGAUGAACCUGCCAUGGGUUGGGCUCGAUAUGCUCAUACAAUGCGGAUAUGGGUUUAUAAUUCUGGUUUCUUCUAUAUAAGGCCUACAAUUCCUUCAAUUGAGCUUUUGGAUCGUGUGGCUGAUCGCCUUUCUCGGGAACCAAAGUCGUGGGACCAGGCUGUUUUCAAUGAAGAGCUUGCUUUCCCUUCCCAUCCUGGGUAUAUUGGGCUUCAUGCCUCUAGGAGAACUAUGGAUUUCUAUCUCUUUAUGAAUAGUAAGGUCCUUUUCAAGACUGUAAGAAAAGAUGCUAAAUUAAAAAAGCUUAAGCCAGUCAUUGUUCAUGUGAAUUACCACCCUGAUAAACUUAGAAGAAUGAAAGCAGUUGUUGAGUUCUACAUUAAUGGCAAGCAAGAUGCAUUGGAAUCAUUCCCUGAUGGGUCGGAAUGGUAAAAAUCAAACUGCAGGAGAUUUGUUGAUCAACGGGUAUGCUCAGCAGUUUCCUUCUUGCUUAUAUUCACUGGAUACAGAUAGUCUAAAUCGUUAAACCUUCUGAAAGCAAUGUCUAAUUUGAAUUUUUAUUUCUCUGCUUUUAGCUUCAGUUCAAAUUCUGUGUUCCUUUUUGUCAUAAUAACUUUUGUUUAAUUCACAUUUGAGUGCCUCCCAUGAUAAACGAAUGUGCUAUUUUAUGUAUGUUUAAAAAGUGUUACAAAUGAAUUUUUUUACGUUUGUGGAUGAA